AGACUCGGGAUGACAUAGAAGUGGUUUGUUACAGCUGCUUCUAAGAUGUGGUUUGUUAGCUCAUUUCACCCUCACCCAGGUUCGAUUCCCUAAACAUCCAUAUUGAAUGGCUUUGCGCUACAGUGAAGCGCCCAGCGAAGACAUCCAGCAAGGAGAAUGGCUGAUUCACAUAAAACAGGGCCUUCAAACCCAGCAAUCCAUCGCCCGCCCUUCAACUGUCUGUAUUUUCACCGUCCCCAAAAUCCUGGUCGACCUGAAGCGCGAUGCUUAUCUCCCACAGGUGAUCUCUAUCGGCCCCUGUUACCAACGCACCACAGAUCUUUCCGGCAUGGACAACCAUAAGCUGCGGGCUGCUCAGAGAAUGAUCAAGCGCCUCCCUGGAAAAACAGACAUUAAUUCCAUGGUCGCAGAGAUUGAGAAAAUGGACGGUCAAAUCAGAGACAAAUACGAGAAAAUCAUCCACUGCAACUCUGAAACCCUAGCAUGGAUGAUGCUUUUGGACGGUUCCUUUCUGCUGGAGCUGCUCAGGACUCUCGCAGGCAAAGAUCACUCCGAUUCUUCUGAUGGUAUGUAUUUCGAACCCCUUUUCGACGAGAGUCGAAUUAAAUCGGUGGGAUUUGCAGUAUUGGGGGACAUCGUGAAGCUUGAAAAUCAAAUUCCCCUGCUCGUCCUGGACAAGAUUUUACAACUGGAGAGCGGAUCUGAAAAAGAAGCACAGGCCAAGCUGUUCAACUUGCUCUUAAACGCCAGUUCUUCAUUUUUCCCGUUCAAAUACCUGCAGCUUUCACGAUUUGAACUCGAUUCCUCCUUCGUCGGUCGGGAACAUUUUUUGGGUUUCUUGCACGGUGUAACCCUUUCUUUCUUUGCCGGAACAAAGUCUGCUUCUGCUUCGUCUUCUUCUUCUUCAACAGUGCAAAGGCGGUUUAAUUACGUUCUCCCUUCCAUUUGCAGCUUAUGCAAGGCCGGAAUAUCCAUACGCCCCUACACUGGAGAUGGCGGCAUGGCCCUCAGAUUUGACAAGGAAGCCUCUGUUCUCUACCUUCCAGUCUUAGUUAUAUCGGAAAAAACUGAAAUUGUUUUGAGAAAUCUAAUGGCUAUGGAAGCAUUUCUGCCCUUAGAAUUGCAGGUCAUCUCUUGCUAUGUCGGUUUGAUGAAGAGUUUGAUUUUCACAGAGAACGAUGUGACGCACUUGAGAAUGGCGAGGAUUGUUUACAUGUAUGUGGGAAACGACGCUCAGGUGGCUCAGUUGUGGGACAGUCUGUGCAAGGGCAUGGCCAUUUCUACUCUCCAGCCGCUCAAGGCAUUGAAAAUAGAGAUAAUAGAGGGUUACAGGAGCAAAUGGAGGGCUAGAUUGAUGAACUUCUUUGUCAACCGUUUCACCAGGCCCUGGCGCACCAUAAUAUCUGUGGUGGCUGCAACAUUCAUUUUUAUAUUUGCCUUUGCCCAAGCCUUUUCCUCCAUGUAUGGCUUCAAUAAGUCUGCCUAGCUUAGGUCUAGUCAUUCUCUUUUGUGCAAUUCCUCUUUUUCUAGUUAAUUCAUUCUCAUGAAUCCAUCAAGUUAAUUUUUCAUUUGUAAAUUAACCUGAAUGUAAUCGAUACUUUUUUCCCUUAAAACAAGAUAUGAAUUAAAAUUUAUCUUCUCGUUAACA